AUGAAGACUACAUUGGUUUUGACUCUCUUGUUCUGCGUCGGUCUGACCGUAUUCGCCAAAAGAACCACUGAAUCUGAGCCUACCGAUGAGCCUGAGCCUGAAUUUGAUUGCGACAACUGCAUAUUAUUUACCACUGUUAUAAAGGAUUUAGUCGAAGACGGGGAAACCUUGGACGAAGUUGAAAGAGACGCUGACAGAUUAUGCGGUGUUUUACCAGGUGACUUGAGAGAAUAUUGUGAAGAUAAUUUGCUCCCAAAAGUUGACAGAAUCUAUGGCCAGCUACAGGAACAUACUCCCGAGGAAGUAUGCAAAAAUUUGGACUUGUGUUAG